GGCCUCCGGCGACCGAACGGCCGUGAGGUUUCACCCGGCAGCCCGGCCCUGCGGCGUUCCAUCGCGGCGCCCUUGCUGUGUGGGCAGCAGCUGUCGUUCUUUCCUUUCGCUAGCAGUUAAACUAGACUUGCUGCAACGCCGAGCGUAGGCAGUGGGUGGUCCGAGGUUUUGGUUUGUUUGCUUUAGUCACCGCUCUGGGAGGUGCCUGGGGUUUUGUGGCUUCAUACGUGGUUGUUGAAGCGUGCAUGUGAAAUCUGUGAUGCUCCAGACGCAGAGAUUGAUUCGGGAUCUCUCUCGAUGAGCUUCUUCUAGCGCAACACUUGUGAAUGGGUGGUAUCUGGUGGUACGUUUCUGUUUCUUCCUUUGUUUCCCCUUCGUUAUAAUACAAUGCGAUCACGUGUAUUAUCAUAUUUUUAUUAUCCUGCAUCUAUUAAUUUUUACAUCUUUCAAUAUAGUAUUUUUGAGCCUGCUUCUAAAGUGGUGUUCUCUUCUCUGUAGAAUUUCAUUGCUGCAUGGGAGUUAAAGCGCUUUGUGCAGCUGUCCUGUGCCAUGUGCAUGAAAAGUGCUCACAGUGUCCUGAGAGGACGUGAUUGUGAUUUCUUUCUCUUUUGCCCUCAAAAACCAGAGAUGUGGUGGAAACGCAGGAGCAUUACAAGAGCAGGUGGAGGUCUAUCUGGAUCAUGUAUCUGACUAUGUUUCUCAGUAGUGUAGAUUGAUCCGACAGCAGAUGCGAGUUUCUUGGGUUGGAUUAUAGCUUCAUACAGCAUUGGCCAAAUGGCUGCUUCUCCUCUGUUUGGUUUAUGGUCCAACUACAGACCAAGGAGAGAACCUCUUGUCGUUUCAACCGCAAUUUCAGUAGCUGCUAAUUGUCUUUAUGCCUAUGUUCACGUACCUCAUUCACACAACAAAUACUACAUGCUUACUGCACGUGCUCUCGUGGGAUUUGGAGCAGGAAAUGUGGCUGUGGUUCGGUCAUACAUUGCGGGUGCCACUUCUCUUACAGAAAGAACAGGUGCCAUGGCCAAUACCAGUGCCUGCCAAGCAGUGGGCUUCAUAUUAGGACCAGUUUUUCAGACUUGUUUUACGCUUAUUGGAGAGGAAGGAAUAACAUGGAAAUCAAUUCAUCUUCAGCUGAACAUGUAUACAGCACCAGUUCUAUUUGGUGCUCUUUUAGGAAUUAUUAAUAUUAUUCUCAUCUUUGCUAUAUUCAGAGAGCACCGAGUGGAUGACAUGGGACGGCAAUGCAACAGUAUCAAUUGUGAAGGAGAAGAAAGUGGUGUUCUGGAUCAGGAUGCAGAAGGAAACAUUGACCAUGUUGCUGUUGUAGCAGUAAAUUUUCUUUUCUUUGUCAUCUUGUUUGUGUUUGCAGUCUUUGAAACCAUAGCUACUCCGUUGACGAUGGAUAUGUAUUCCUGGACCAGGGAGAAGGCUGUUUUCUAUAAUGGGAUAAUCCUUAGUGCAAUUGGCGUUGAAUCAGUUAUUGUUUUCAUGGUGGUGAAAACGCUGUCUAAAAAGACAGGUGAACGUGCCAUACUCCAUGGAGGCUUACUGAUUGUCUUAAUUGGAUUCUUUAUCUUACUGCCUUGGGGGAAAAAACUACCAAAUAUCCAGUGGCAAGCAAUAAAGAAUAAUUCCAUUCCCCAAACAACCCCCAGUGAAAUGGUGAUGCCUUUCUGGAAUUUGCAAGUAAUACAGCUUCCAUCCAACCAUUCAGAACCUGCAGGCUGCCCCAUCACACAGUCUUGGUGCCUGAGUACUCCCAUGAUCUAUCUGGCUCAGUAUAUCAGCUCUGACAUACUAAUAGGAUUGGGCUAUCCAGUUUGUAAUGUUAUGUCCUACACUUUAUACUCAAAAAUUCUAGGCCCAAAACCUCAGGGUGUCUACAUGGGAUGGUUAACUGCUUCUGGAAGUGGAGCACGCAUACUUGGACCGGUUUUUGUGAGCCAAAUAUACACUCACUUGGGACCACGCUGGGCAUUUAGCUUAAUAUGUGGAGUGGUUGUAGUCUCUCUGUUAGUCUUGGAAGUAGUAUACAAGAGACUUAUUGCAUUUUCUGUCAGAUACGGAAGGAUGCAAGAAGAGAGGAGUUAGUUAAAUACAUAAGCAAUGAGAAGAUAAAAACAAUUUAAAAAAAUAACAGUUGCUACUAUUUGAUGGGAAUUCCUAACCACUGACCUUGGUGGAUGUGUGAUAAGAACUGCAGAUAUGUACUUAUGCAUUGACAGAACACAAAUUCAUCAUAUCCUAAUAUACUGUUAUACCUGCUGCAAUAGAGCUUUUUGUAUUCCACUUUUCUAGCAGCAGCAGAAGGAUGUGAAUGAGUUGAAUCAAUACAGUGGCACAUUUGAAAUGCUUACAUGCACAUGUGCACCAAGUGCAACAGUGAAGGUCACAGGCUAAGAAUGUCCCUUUCAGGAAACAGUAUAUCUUGAUUCUGUGAAUCAGGAUUAGUAACUCUAACUAUGAGAUUAGUUUUGCUGCAAGCACUUUGUACAGAAAAAUCACUACGUAAAUUAACUACUGGAUGCUAGUUUGCUAGCUUCUGAGCACUGGUUAAUGUAAAUUGUCUUACUUGGAACUCUACAUUAGCAGUGUAAGAACUUUAAGUGUGACAAUUGUAGAACACAUGCCUGCUUCACAAAAAUAGCUACUUAAGUUAGUUAAGAGCCAUUGGGAAAAAAAAAAAUCAAUCUUUAUGACUUACUUGAACUACAGUAAUUAAUACUCUGUUUCGGUACUGUUGCAUUCAAUGCCUUUUUAUAGCAAGAAGGUUAACCUGCAAGAGCAAAGUAUAGCUUUUCAUAACCUUACUCGAAGGAGGAGUUAGUAAGCAUAAUAGUGUACAGUUCCAUUGUUGAUGAUGAAAUUGAGUGCACUGUGCCACCACCGAGUAAUCAGUCUGAACUAAUGCUAAUUAAGUAAAAAGGAGGAAACUGAUGGUUCCUUAAAUGUUUACUUUUAUCUGUAGACUUAUUUUCUGAUAAUGUAGUGUAAGAAAUGGGUUUACCUUUGAAUCAAUUAUUUUUACUUUAGGAAGUGAAUUAUUUUUCCUUCUUAACAGGGCCGAAGUUAAUCUGUACGCAUUCAUUUGAUGUUUCAGUCCUACUGGGGAAAAAAAACCUGAAAUAACUCCAGUAAAUACAAGUUAUAGCUGCUGUUUAACAUACUUACUAUCUGAUGUUUUCUGAAUAUAUUAAUAUAUUAAUAAUAAAGUAAUGUUACUUAACUGUUAAAGCACUGAAUGACUACAGAAUUAAAAGAUGAUUUUUUCAACACCUACUCAAGUGAAUGCAAAAUGUCUUGCUGCAGAACUCCAAAACAUUAUGAAAAAUGACUUUGCUAUGUUAGUGGUGAAGAUGAACAAACAAAAACUUACAAUUACAUCAAUCACAAGUUCUUUGGACAUGAGAAAUUAGAGGCUAGAGAGUGUUUUCAAGGAGGCUAGCAGCAAUUCAAAUUUUGUGUUCUACAACUAAGUUUGUGCUGACUGUUAGGACAAAGCAUUUUUAUUAUUUUCAUGGAUUAAGGAUAAAAACAGUAAAUAUUCAAAGUACUUAAUACACCUUAACAAUACAUUGAAGAUUUCAAAUGCUUUUGCCACAGGAGUUGUAUUUUCAGCAAUUCUACUGUUAUUUAAGCUGCUACAUGAUUGUUACAGGUUAUCAGUCUUUGAAUCUUAUAAACUAUUCUUGUUGUUGAAAGGUCUUUUGGUCUAUACUGUAACUUAACUGCACUUACCUCCCUGUCACAUGUCUUUGUAAAUUAGUGGAACCAUUUUUUAAGCAUUUAUGCCUUUUCACUUCCUGGUGUUCACUACUUAGGCUUUCCUCAACUGUAUGUACACUCAGUUGGCACAUCCAAAGUGGAUUAUGCCUGAAGAUUUUCAGUGUGAGCAAUAUUACAAAUUUUUAAACACAGAGAUGGCCCAUAUGUCAUCAAGGGUGAAUUGGUACUAUGAAUGGCAGGCAUACUAUAAACAGAAAUAUUUUAAAAGCACUGAUUGCCUUGCAGCCUACCUGGUUUAUCACAGAGCUGAAAGAACGCUCACAUUCUAUCCAUGAGUGAUAAUAUAAAUGGGAAUAUCAACACAUAAGAAAUGCUUUCAAACAGCUACUCACAGUGCUGGUUCAGUUUGUUACUUGUUUAUAAUAGCGUGAUUCAUAACACGUAAGAAAGGGUAAGUGUCUGAAGUUAAUAACAACUGAUGAUUAUAUAACAAAUGGAAUCAUUUCACUACAGGAAGCGUAAUUUGCUUUUCCAAUCGAAUUUCAUCUGUACAUACUUCAGUUACCUGUAGUCUAGGGGUAGAAUACUAAACAUACAAAACCAUUGUGUGAAUGUUCAGUUCAGCAAGUGAGAAGAAGCUUUGUACAAUCAUUUUAUAGUUAUUUGCCCUGAGCUUCAUCCGUAUACCAACAUAUGAUGCUCUAAAAUAACACAUCAGCUUCUGGUACAGUUGAACUUUACUACUUACAGGAAAAGAGUCUCAAUGAACUUGAAUAUGAAACAAAGAGAGCUGGAUGCUUACCACUGCAUUUAUUUUUUGGGGGUAUAAAAUGCUUGUGCAGGGAAUUCAAAAGCUGCUGCUACAAAAAUAAAAACAAAAAGGUAUAAAACAUGUA